AUGGCUGCCCCUGAAGCUGACUUGCAGAGGCUCCUGCAAUCCUACCUGGAGGUCCACGGCCAGGGUGCCCUGGAUGAGCUGGUGUCAGACGUGAGGAUCAUUGGCCCUGCUGAUGGAGGGAUUUCCGGUCAGCCUGCAGUUCCUGGUGAGCGGAGGGCCAGGAGAUCGAGGUCUCCGUUGCGCCUGUCUCCAAGCCCAGUGCGGCAGAGCGAGCGGAGAAGAAGUGGCGGCCCGGUCGUGCACCCUGAGCGGCCAUCUGUAUCUGGGCGACGGCGUACUCGGGCUGGUGAGGUUCGCGGUGUCCAGGCCCAAGAUGGCGGCGGCAGUAAUGGCGCAGGUAUGGCCGGGAGAUCUCUUCCGGUCCAACUGGAAGUGUCGUCAUCAGGCACGCCAUGCGGCAUGCGCAUGUCGGAGGUCAAUGUCAUCCAGCAAGGCGAGUACGUGACGGCAUCGCACAGGAGAGUGCGGCCGUCACAGGCCUUGCAUUCCACCGUGGUUGCGCCGGUGGUUGAGCCGGCGGGCGGAAGGAGGAUGUCCAGCAGUGGAGUGCGGUUGGGCCUGGAUGCUGGCUGCGGGUCCCCCCCUUAA